GCUAGGAAGUCUGAAAACGGCGAAACUCAGCGGUUCCUCGUGUGCGGCGGCGGCAGAUCGAGGACGGCGGCGGCGACAGCAGAUCGAGGACGGCGGCGGCGACAGCAGAUCGACUGAACAAGGUUCUUGCGUUUGUUGCUAUCUUAUGGACGACAAGAGUAACGUGAAGAAGGAAAUAGAUGGCUCCCUUCCAGCCCGUCCUCGCAAAGGAGGACUCAAAUUCGCGCCCAAGAAGCCUCCGAAGAAACCUGCAAAGGUUGUCCCAAAAACGGAGCCUGCUGAGGAGAGCAAGGAUGAUAUCAUUGACAAGGAGUUGUUGAUGAAACUCAAGACAUCGCAGAUCACCGAUCCCUUUGGAAGAAGACCCAAGAUUGAGAAAAAAGAAAUCAAUACUCAGGUUGCAUUUGGGCAAGGGAACUCUUCCUAUGCAAGAUCUUUUCCUACGCGGAAUUAUUCGGCAGCGCCAAAAGCACCAAAAGAAUACGUCGAUCCAUGGGACUAUACCCAUAGCGACUAUCCUAUAACUCUCCCACUUAGGAGGCCCUACUCUGGAGAUCCUGAGAUUCUUGAUGAAGAGGAGUUUGGAGAGAAUUCUGCCAGCAGAGCUCACUAUGGCGAAUUUACGGCAGCAGAUGAACUUGGAUUAAUGGAUUGGUCCGACACACCACAGUUGCUCCUCUUCCAGUUACCUGUGUCUCUUCCUUUACCAAAGCAAACAGAGUCUGUUGAAGAACCAAAUACUGGCUCUGAGGAGAAUGUUGAACCUGCCACAAGCUCUAAAGUGGCACGGGGGCAAACACUCCCUGGCUCUAAGAUCAAAGAUUUGCCAGGAGGUCUCAUGGGGAAGAUACUCGUUUAUAAGAGUGGUAAAGUGAAGAUGAAGAUAGGAGAUGCACUGUUUGAUGUAUCUCCCGGUUCAAAUUGCAUGUUUGUCCAGGAGGCUGUGGCGGUUAACACAAGAGAAAAUCAUUGCUGCGCCCUUGGAGAGGUCAGUAAGCGCGCAGUUGUUACCCCCGACGUUGCCCAUCUGCUUGGUUCUACUGACAAGAUGGAAGAAUAAGCCCUUGUUUGCAUGGGGAAUUCUUCAGGAGAACAACCUCUGAGUAUACUUGCCCUUCCCGGACUUCAUUCUAGGAGGGAGGUAUCAGCUUUUUCUGUCUCAAUAUGACAGUCUUUGGUUGGAAAUGCACUGAACAAAGUUGAAUUGAUCAGUCAGUGAAAAAUAGACCAGUGCUGAAGUCGCAGUUUUGGUAGGAAAGAUAAGCUCGUGAGGUGAUUUUUGUGCCAUGUUCAGGCCAUUCAAACAAGUUUUCUCUGAAGUGAAGGUGCUUAUAUUUGCAAAUAUUUUCUUUUUUUUCA